AUGUGGCAGGCAACACCGGAGCCGGCUGGUGCCGACGGAAAAGGUGCCCCAGGGGCCCCCAGCGCGGCCUGGCCGUCACCGCACGCCCAUCACUCCAAACAUGACCCCAAACGCUCUCCCUUGGCCCCCGCAUUGCACCAACGAGCCUCGCGGUACCAAGCCCGGCCUGGGCGAGCUAGGCUAGGCCCUAGCUGCCGGGCUUCCGGAAGCGAGCUAGCCGCGCAGGUCGGUGGAGCGCAGCGCCCGUCGGGGUCCCGGAGCCGCCGCCUAUCAGCGGAGCGCAGGGGCGGGGCCGGCGGGGCCGCGGGGCCACAAGCAGUGGUGCUGGUGUUUGGAAUGCUCUAUCCGGCGUACUAUUCCUACAAAGCUGUGAAGACGAAAAAUGUCAAGGAAUAUGUCCGCUGGAUGAUGUACUGGAUUGUCUUUGCCCUCUAUACUGUGAUUGAAACCGUGGCCGAUCAGACACUUGCAUGGUUUCCCCUGUACUAUGAGCUGAAGAUUGCCUUUGUCAUCUGGCUGCUCUCCCCCUACACCAGAGGGGCGAGUUUAAUAUAUAGAAAGUUCCUUCAUCCUCUUCUUUCUUCAAAGGAAAGGGAAAUUGACGAUUACAUUGUCCAAGCCAAGGAAAGAGGCUAUGAGACGAUGGUUAACUUCGGGCGUCAAGGUUUGAAUUUGGCGGCUGCAGCCGCGGUCACAGCAGCAGUAAAGAGCCAAGGAGCCAUAACGGAGCGUUUGCGAAGUUUCAGCAUGCAUGAUUUGACGGCUAUCCAAGGGGAUGAGCCUGUGGGACAGAGACCCUACCAGACUUUGCCAGAAGCGAAGAGGAAGAGCAAACCAGCCAGUGAAACAGCAGCCUAUGGCAUUCCAUUGAAAGACGGAGGUGAACAAACCGAUGAAGAAGCGGAGGGGCCAUUCUCCGACGACGAGAUGGUGACUCACAAGGGGCUGCGGCGAUCCCAGAGCAUGAAGUCUGUCAAGACCAUCAAAGGCCGCAAAGAGGUGCGGUAUGGUUCCCUGAAAUAUAAAGUGAAGAAGAGACCACAGGUGUAUUUUUAGCGUCUACACCUCACCUAUCUGAAGACAAAUAAUCCUAACAAAUCAACUUCAUUUUCUAACUCAAUAUAUUCAGGACUUAUACUUUAAAUCUUCCGAUUGUGGCAAUGAUGGGAUUUACUUUAAUAACAUUAAAUAGUUCGUUUCUUUAACAAUUACUUUUAGAUAUUAACUGCUAAAUGUAGUUGUGUAAGGUUUAUUAAUGUGCAUGUAUAUAACAACAGUUACAGAGAAUCAUGUUACCUGAUUUCAUCAGCAACAUUGAGUGUCUGGGAUCUAAGGGUAAAACAUAGACCCAGGGUAUACUUGAAAAGUCUCUGCUUCAGGAUACACCUUGCCCUUCUGGUGUCGCAUUGUGUUUACGCCCAUCCAUGCCACCCACAUCUGUCACAGGAAAGUGGUGACAGCCACUGAGCAGCCAGUGUUGUGACAAAGACAUACUGUAAGGUGGUGACAUGUCCCUUACAUAAGCCUUGGAAGCUUUCCAUCAUGAGCUGAAAGGUUUUGAAACAGAUAUUUGAAAACCAGGUGUCCACAUAGCACUUUCCUGGCUGGUUUUGCACACUUGAAAAUUGUUUACUUAUUUUAUGACUGUACAUUUACUUUAAAUUGUAUCGAUGCUGUCUUUUUUGUUGUCUGUGAUGUUCUGACAUGUCCAAAUUACGCUUUGAAAUGCAUCAUCUCCUUUUCCUA